AAGAUUCUCAAAAAUAUAUUAUAGAAUCUAAAGAAUUUCCAAGUGCUGCUACCAAUAAUUAUUUACAGGAUGUAUCUCUUAUGACAACUAAUGAGAUACCUCAUAUUAAUAAUCUGGAUAUUGAAGAUGAGAUGGUGCAAUAUAUUAGAAAAGCUGGAUAUAGAUGA